UUCACUACGCUCCAUGGGCUAGAAUCUCUCUCUGCCAUCAUCACACUUCACAGUUCAGAGAGAGAAAAGAAGCAGCAGAGAGCUACAAGAAGAAGAGCUAGAAGGAGGAGGGGGAAUCCAUGGGGAACAUCCUGAAGUGCUUCAGGGGAGACGAAGAAGAAGACCACUACCCCUACUACCAUCCAGGCUCCAGGCCCCACUACCCCCAGCAGCAGCAGCAGCAGCAAGCUGAUGGCCAUGGAGUCGCCUCCCUGGCGCACGACCUCCUCAACUUUGAGAGCGCGUCCAUGGUUCCUGAAGGGCUCAAGCAGCAUGUUACGGCGUCCAAGAAAGCACAGAUUAAAUGGUACCAGAAUAUGUUGGAGGCAUAUAAGAAUGCCAGAACCCCACCGAGAACACCGGAAGAGGCUGCACAACUAGUUGUAUCAGCCCUAAACUGGAUCCAGAGAGCUGAUUUGGAGGGUAUCCUCGAGUUCUACAACUUCCCCAUCCCAUCGCUACCUGCAGCAUCCUCAAACCACCGUCCAUCCUCGCUGCCAGAGGGUGUGCAGUUUGUCUUGAACACUUUACCGGUUCAUAACCAAAACAUUGGAGAUGGCGAUGGCUUUACCGCUUAUGUUGCCACAACCGAUCCGAGGGAGUCUGGGAAUGUUCCUAUAGAAGUACAUGAGAUGGUGAUUGCGAGGACUGAAGCACGCAAUCGUAGGGAUUACAAGAGUGCCGAUGCACUUCAAAGUAGACUUAAAGAAGCUGGAUACAAGAUAAUCGUCUGUUCAGACGAAGAGAUCCUAGCAAGGAAAUACCGAAUCAGAAUGAGGGGAAUUGAUGCACCAGAGCUUAAGAUGACAUAUGGGAAGGAAUCAAAGAGUGCUUUGGUGAAGCUCAUUGGUGGGAAAAGAACCACAAUUCAUGUGUAUGGGCAGGACCAGUUUGAUCGCUACGUUGGUGAUGUCUAUUGCAAUGGUGUGUUCAUCCAGGAGAAAAUGCUGAAGAAUGGUCACGCAUGGCAUUUUACGACCUACGACAAGCGCCCAGAGUUUGCUAAAUGGGAGAGAGAGGCAAGAGCUGCACAGCGAGGGCUCUUUGCCUCACUCAACCCUGAGAAGCCGUGGGACUGGCGAAGAGAGCAGCGCAACGGUGGCAUUCAGGUCUACUAAUGGCUCCAUCCAUGUCUCGAACUAAUGGUCAGAAAGGCAGAACCGCCAAAAACAAUUUUGCAGGGUAACAUACAUAAAAUUUCAGGAAGACUGAGUAAUGUAGGAAGCAGCAUAAGAGUAUGAUUCAACUACAUAGUUGGGGUGAUCAGCUUCUUCCCAAGUACUGAGGAUAAAGAAUGCAGGUCAUGGCCAUCCAUAAUUGCACAUUCUGAAUAUUCAGGAAAAGACAAUUCCACAUUCUUACCUUUAUAUAUAUACAGUAUUUAUAGAAACGGUUCUUGGCUGAAUGAAGGGACGACUCAAAUCAAAUACGGAGGAGUAACUUACAGCUGCU